AUGCCACAGGAGACUUUUGAUAUUGUGAUCGUCGGCGCUGGUCCGGUCGGUCUGCUCCUCUCCUUAUGUAUGUCCCGGUGGGGCUAUAAAGUGAAGCAUAUCGACAACCGCCCGGUACCAACCGCCACAGGCCGUGCAGAUGGCAUCCAGCCUCGGUCGACGGAGAUUCUGCGAAACCUGGGCUUGAAGCGCGCCAUCAUGGCCUACGAGCCUGCCAAGGUGUACGACGUGGCUUUCUGGGACCCCAAGAGCGAUGGAUCGGGCAUCGCUCGCACAGGCAGCUGGCCCAGCUGCCCUCGAUUCAUUGAUACCCGCUACCCAUUCACCACGCUGGUGCACCAAGGGAAGAUCGAGCGUGUUUUCUUGGACGAGAUGGAAAAAGCUGGAACCCGCGUGGACCGACCAUGGACUAUCGUCGGCUUCAAGAACGACGGUACGGGUGACCACCCCGUUGAGGUCAAGUUGAAGUGCCUCGAUACCAACGUCAUCGAGACAGUCCGGACGAAGUACCUGUUCAGUGGCGAAGGAGCCCGGAGCUCUGUGCGAGAGCAGCUGGGUAUCAAGAUCCGCCACAAGGAUCCCAUCGCCUACGUCUGGGGUGUGAUGGAUGGUGUCGUUCGCACCAACUUCCCUGAUAUCGAGACCAAGUGCACGAUUCACUCCGAUGCCGGCUCCAUUAUGGUCAUUCCGCGAGAGGACAACAUGGUGCGUCUCUAUGUGCAGAUCGCCUCGUCCACUGACCCCGAUUUCAACCCUCGCAAGACGGCUACAGCCGAGGAGGUGCAGCAGACCGCCAAGAACAUCUUAAAGCCGUACUGGGUCGAGUGGGAUCGUGUGGAGUGGUAUUCCGUCUACCCGAUCGGCCAGGGCAUUGCUGAAAAGUAUACCCUGGACGAACGUGUCUUCAUGGGAGGCGACGCCUGCCACACUCACAGCCCCAAGGCCGGCCAGGGAAUGAACACGGCUUUCCACGACGCUCUCAACAUGGCGUGGAAGAUUCACGCGGUUGAGAGUGGCUUAGCUGAUCGGUCCACCCUGAGUACCUACGAGAGCGAGCGCAAGGACAUUGCCGAGACUCUCCUGGACUUUGACGCCAAGUACGCCGCUUUGUUCUCUAAGCGCCGCCCCAACGCCGGCGAGAUUUCGGCCAGCAAGGCUGUUUCGACCGGGAACGAGGAGGAAGAGGAUGAGUUUGUCAAGACUUUCAAGUCGUCGUGCGAGUUCACCAGUGGAUACGGAGUGGCGUACAAGCCCAAUGUCUUCAAUUGGGAUGCAAGCCAUCCCGCCAAAUCCAGCUUGUUCGACAUCUCUGGAGUCCGUCUGACCCCUGGACGCGCCUUUACCCCCUCUAUGGUGACGCGCCUGGCGGAUGCCAACUUUGUUGAGCUGGAACAGGAGGUCCCCGUCAAUGGAUCGUUCCGCAUCUACGUCUUUGCUGGCAACCAGGCCAAGACCAGCAAGGCCAUUGCCGACUUCGCGGCCAACCUGGAAAAGGAGCGCUCCUUCCUUUCCGCCUAUCGCCGUCCCGACAUUGCUAGUGUCUCCUUCUUUGAGCGCCACAACCCUCACUCGAAACUCUUUACUAUCUCUGUCAUCUACGCCGCCAACAAGAACGAGGUGGACGUGGACUCCAUCCCGCAGAUCCUUCGCGACUACCAUCAUCAUCUGUACGCGGACGAUAUCCCGGACAUUCGAGUUCCGCAGGCCAAGUUUGCGGCUCACGAGAAGCUUGGCUUUGACGUUGAAAAGGGUGGUGUCGUGGUGACUCGUCCGGAUAGUCACGUUGCGUGCACCAUCCAGCUGGUCGAGGGCUCCGGCACGGUUGAUGCGCUCAACGAGUACUUCAACGCCUUCUCGACCAAGCCGCUUGGUCAAAGCUCGCAAGGAAGCCGGUUGUAA